CAUUUGCAUUAUUCCAUGUGGGGGAACUGUAUUUUAUAGACCCGUUUCUGGGUACAUACCAAGAGGGGAAAAGAUAGUAGAUGCUUGUUGAACGGGGCUGUAUUGCAUUUCUAUCCAUUUCCAUUUGUGUUUCAAGCUACUUAAAGCCGGAGGAAACAGAUGAUGUGUUUCUCCUAACUCAGGGAAGUAAGCAUGUGUUCGCACACACUCCCAAAACACACCUCUAAAUUGGAACUGAGGUCUCAUUUACCUGGUUUUCCUUCUAGAAUGCGUUCUCGCUGCAUCCCCCUUUUUGCUCAUCGGCACCCCCUCUUUGGCAACUCGGGUGCCUGUCCUUGCUGCGUGGCGCCGGCAAACGUGCGGGGGUGCCUCUCCCGGGGUUUGUCGUGCAGCCCCAUGCUGGGCGAUGGACCUCGGCCGCCCAGCGCGAGAGCGUGGAAACAGCUGACUGCUGACUCAGAGGGGAAAGCCAGCCACCCGCGAAUCUCACUGCAGCUCGCUGCUGCAUCCCUAUCCCACAAUCCCUUGCUUGGUUUGCUGCAGUCUUUUCAACAGACGCUGAGUGAGAAAAAGAUGUCCUGUAAGAGAAAGAUUGAUUGGUUUCAAGACCGAAAGGGGUCUCCCACUUGUUAAUGACCCAGAAACAUUCCUGCCGACUUCCCUGAGCCUUCUCUCUUUUCCUCCAUUUUUCUUCUCCUCUGUUCUAUUCAUCAGCUGGCACAUCACUCCAUAGAGCAGAAGAUAUGCCGGGCUUCUGAUGAUGGCUGCACUGCAUGCAGCAGCGUGCAGGGUCAAAGACAGCCGGCCUCCCAUGUCAGUGGUCUAGGAUGGCCAGUGAAGCCACCAACAUCCCAAGUCCUGUGGUGCGCCAGAUUGACAAGCAGUUUCUGAUCUGCAGUAUAUGCCUGGAACGGUACAAGAAUCCCAAGGUUCUCCCCUGUCUGCACACUUUCUGCGAGAGGUGCCUGCAGAACUACAUUCCCGCCCACAGCCUCACCCUCUCCUGCCCCGUGUGCCGCCAGACCUCCAUCCUGCCCGAGAAGGGGGUGGCCGCGCUCCAGAACAAUUUCUUCAUCACGAACCUGAUGGACGUGCUGCAGCGAACGCCGGGCAACGACGCUGAGGAGUCCUCCAUCCUGGAGACGGUCACCGCGGUGGCUGCGGGAAAGCCUCUCUCUUGCCCAAACCACGAUGGGAAUGUGAUGGACUUUUACUGCCAGUCCUGCGAGACCGCCAUGUGUCGGGAGUGCACUGAGGGGGAGCAUGCAGAACACCCCACAGUCCCCCUCAAGGAUGUGGUGGAGCAGCACAAGGCCUCACUUCAGGUCCAGCUGGACGCCGUCAACAAAAGGCUCCCAGAAAUAGAUUCUGCCCUUCAGUUCAUCUCAGAAAUCAUUCAUCAGUUAACCAACCAAAAGACCAGCAUUGUGGAUGACAUCCAUUCUACCUUUGAUGAGCUCCAGAAGACUCUGAACGUGCGCAAAAGUGUGCUGCUUAUGGAACUGGAAGUCAACUAUGGCCUCAAACAUAAAGUCCUUCAGUCGCAGCUGGACACUCUGCUCGAGGGGCAGGAGAGUAUAAAGAGCUGCAGCAACUUCACGGCGCAGGCCCUCAACCAUGGCACGGAGACGGAGGUGCUGCUCGUGAAGAAGCAGAUGAGCGAGAAGCUGAACGAACUGGCCGACCAGGACUUCCCGCUGCACCCGCGUGAAAACGAUCAGCUGGAUUUUAUCGUGGAGACCGAGGGGCUCAAGAAGUCCAUCCACAACCUCGGGACGAUUUUAACCACCAACGCCGUCGCCUCCGAGACGGUGGCCACGGGCGAGGGGCUGCGGCAGACCAUCAUCGGGCAGCCCAUGUCCGUCACCAUAACGACCAAGGACAAAGACGGCGAGCUGUGCAAGACGGGCAACGCCUACAUCACCGCCGAGCUGAGCACGCCCGACGGCAGCGUGGCGGACGGGGAGAUCCUCGACAACAAGAACGGCACCUACGAGUUUUUGUACACCGUCCAGAAGGAAGGGGACUUCACCCUGUCGCUGCGGCUCUAUGACCAGCACAUCCGAGGCAGCCCGUUCAAGCUGAAAGUGAUCCGGUCGGCCGACGUGUCUCCCACCACCGAGGGCGUGAAGAGGCGCGUGAAAUCCCCGGGGAGCGGCCAUGUAAAGCAGAAGGCGGUGAAGAGACCCGCCAGCAUGUACAGCACUGGGAAGCGAAAAGAGAAUCCCAUCGAAGACGAUCUGAUCUUCCGAGUGGGUACCAAAGGAAGAAAUAAAGGAGAAUUUACAAAUCUCCAAGGGGUAGCUGCAUCUACAAGUGGAAAGAUACUAAUUGCAGAUAGCAACAACCAGUGUGUACAGAUAUUUUCCAAUGACGGCCAGUUCAAAAGUCGGUUUGGCAUACGAGGGCGCUCUCCUGGGCAGCUGCAGCGGCCCACAGGAGUGGCUGUGCAUCCCAGCGGGGACAUAAUCAUCGCAGACUAUGAUAAUAAGUGGGUUAGCAUUUUCUCUUCUGAUGGCAAGUUUAAGACAAAAAUUGGAUCCGGAAAGUUGAUGGGGCCCAAGGGAGUCUCUGUGGACCGCAAUGGGCACAUCAUCGUGGUGGACAACAAGGCGUGCUGCGUGUUUAUCUUCCAGCCAAAUGGGAAGAUAGUCACCAGGUUUGGUAGCCGAGGAAAUGGGGACAGGCAGUUUGCAGGUCCCCAUUUUGCAGCUGUAAAUAGCAAUAAUGAGAUUAUUGUUACGGAUUUCCAUAAUCAUUCUGUCAAGGUGUUUAAUCAGGAGGGAGAAUUCAUGUUGAAGUUCGGCUCAAAUGGAGAAGGAAAUGGGCAGUUUAAUGCUCCAACAGGUGUAGCAGUGGAUUCAAAUGGAAACAUCAUUGUGGCGGACUGGGGAAACAGCCGGAUCCAGGUUUUUGAUGGAAGCGGAUCAUUUUUGUCCUAUAUUAACACAUCUGCUGACCCACUCUACGGCCCCCAAGGCCUGGCUCUGACUUCAGAUGGCCAUGUCGUGGUUGCAGACUCUGGAAACCACUGUUUCAAGGUGUACCGGUACUUACAGUAAUGACGGGCAGCCGGACAGCCCCUUACAAAGGUCUUGCACUAUAAACUGGAAUGGAUUUCUCGACGCGGGACCAGAUUACACUAGACUUGCCUUGCUAGAAGGAAUCAUUGGUGAACUUUUUAAGGUUAUUUCUGAAUGUAACUAUUUCUUUAAAAACUGCAUAUCUGAUUUCUGUAUUCACCUUUUAGGGUUUAAAGAAAAGAAAUCCCUUCUACUGAAUCUAUGGAAACGGCAAAGUUUUACUCCUGUGAACUAUGGCUUAUUGGACAGGGAUUUAUGUAGUUGAACUGAUUUUGCGAAUUGAACAGACACUAAAACAUAAAACAAAAAAACCCUGGACUAUUUAAAGGUAUUCAUUAAUCCUGUGAAUGGUAGCUUUUGUGCAGAGUUUCCAAAAACAAAACAAAAUCUGUUGUAGUUAUAUACUUUAUUUAACUUCGGUUACAAGACCCGGGGGAUCUUCUAACUUCCCUUUUACAGUAGGUAUUACUCCUGUGACAUUUUUGGGGUUAUCGAUAAUUACACAUACAUUAGGAAAAAAACAAGACUGUCUUGCAGAAUCCUCCCAGCUGUGACUAGGCAGUCCUCUUGAGUUUAGCACUUAAAAACCACUGCAAAUUUCCCAUCCUUUUUGGGUUAGAUCCAAGAUCCUUUUUGUGUGUUAUUUUCACCUUUUUCUCCCACUCACCUUGUAUUAAAAAACAAAGUCCAUUUUCAGGGAAACCUGAAAUUCCCAAUGCUUUGAAAAGCAUAUUACAAUAGCAAAUGCUACCUUUUAGUAAGCAAACAGCUCCCUCAACUCCAGACUAAUGCACUAGAAUGUAAUCAAGAAAAAAUUAGCCACGUUUUAUGUGCCAAUGUUCUCACGUGUCUCUCCUCUUCCACUUCCUGAAAGCGAAAGCUUUACCUCCUGCAAAAUGUCAGCACAUGUAGUAGGACACCAGUAUCCUAGGACAGAGAGCCAUAAGUAGCCCUUUGGAGGACUGUUGGUGUCGACCAAAGGCAUGUGAAUGAUUAAUGGUUUCCCCUUAGAAAGCAAGUGUUACCAAAGUUGUGUUAUCCCAAGAGCAUUACAGGUAAGGGCAUGUUAUGGUUAUUUAUCAUUGUCUAAUGAAUAGUAGAGGCAUUAAAGGACUAUGUAUACAUGAUUAGGGUAAGGUAGAAUGUAUCAUAUAUAUAUAUAUAUAUAUAUACACACACACAUAUAUAUAUAUAUACACACACACAUAAAUACAUACACACACAGACACACACACACACAUAUAUAUAUAUAUAUAUAUGUAUAUAUAUAUAUAUGGCUGAAUCUUUGGUGUAUUGAAAUAGGCAGCACUCUGAAAGACAGAAGCAUUGUCCAGCACAUUCCUUUACUGUGCAAUUGAAAGCCGUCCUCCUAGAGUAAGCCUGAAAACAGGUUUAAUUUUCACCAUUUUCCAGUAAUGAUGAUACCGGCUAACUUUUAUAGCCAGAAAACAGCCUUCUGUGCUUUCAAAAACAAAACAAAA